AUGGGCAAAAAGAUGAAGCCAAAAAUCCACGUCAGAGACAGCAUCGUCGACUUCUUGGUACGAAUGGAGAAAUUCCUGAUGAGCAUCGAGAUACCGGACGAGAAUCAAAUUAAAUUUCGUCUGGAGAAGCUGGAAGCGAAGUGGAACGAGUUCGAGGAAAUCCAGUGCGAGAUUGAAGGUUCUGAGGAUCACGAGGAGAACAUCGAAGGUCAUCGACUUAUUAGAGCGGAGUUUGAGGAAAAAUACUUCGAGGUAAGGGCAGGGCUGGUUGGCAAGUUACCGCGAGAGGUUCCGCAGAAUGCUUCACAGGCUACUUCUUUCAUAAAUUCAGAGCAUUCGACAAGUGUGCACACUUAUGUACGCUUGCCUCAAAUAAACUUACCUGAAUUCGAUGGUAGUUAUGAAAAAUGGCUUGCGUUUCAUGACACAUUCAGAGCCCUGAUCGACACGUCUCCAGAGCUGAGUGGUAUUCAGAAGUUCCAUUAUCUGCGGGCUUCUCUUAGGGGUGAUGCUCUUAAACUGGUCGAUUCAUAUCCGAUGAGUGACGCAAAUUAUAGGGUUGCUUGGGAUGCUUUGGUCGCACGGUUCUCCAACAAGUAUUUGCUCAAGAAGAGGCACUUGAAUGCGCUAUUCGAGUAUCCGAGGAUCAAGAAAGAGUCUGCAGUUGCGAUCCACGAACUCAUAGACUGUUUCGAGCGGAAUGCAAAGAUUUUGGACCAAUUGGGAGAGAAGACAACCGGUUGGGGGGCGAUGUUGACGCAUCUGAUGGUUUCGAAAUUGGACGAAAUUACUCAGAAACGUUGGGAGGAGCAUGCUUCAGGUGAGGAAGAGCCAUCUUUUGCAGUUUUGGUUGGGUUUUUGAAGAAGCAGACACGGGUACUUGAUGCAGUCUCGGUAGAUCAGCAUUCGUCAAACUCUAGCUGUCUCUCUUCUACCAAUGGGGUUAAAUUCCGUCCAGCAAAGGUGUCGGUCAACGCGGCGACCGAAAAUACGGGUCCGAACUGCAUUGUCUGCAGCGAGCAACAUCCAAUUGCGAGGUGUCCAGCGUUCGCCAAGUUACCUGUGGAUAAACGGCUGCAGUUCACCAACUCUAAGCGGUUAUGCAGCAACUGUAUGGGACGCAACCAUUUGGCACGCGAUUGUCCGUCGAAAUACCGGUGCAGAACUUGUUCCAAGAAGCACCACACUAUGCUUCAUCCUGGAUUUCCUGGUUCUGGUUCAACUACUGCGACGGAUUCAGCCGGUUCUGUUGUUGUUCCAUCAUCUUCUGGCAAUGCGUCGAACUCCGGUAGUUUGGUUGCAAGUUCGCUCGCACCCAUUUCUUCUAACGUGGCGAUGGGGCCCGUAGGCUCGCAUGUUUUCUUACUGACAGUGGUCCUGAAGGUAAAGGACAGAUGGGGACGAACGCAUCUCGCCAGAGCUCUGCUGGAUUCCGGUUCACAGGCUAAUCUCAUGUCGGAGAAGCUUUGUCAGUUGCUUAAGCUACCCAGAAACGAAAAGAAAGUAGAGAUCAGCGGUAUUGGGAAGUCACGAAGGCAAAUUUCUUGCGAAGUUUCUACGGUUGUCAGCUCACGCACACUGGAGUUUUCAAUGUCGAUGGAAUUCUUGGUCUUGGGGCAGGUUACGGACAACCAGCCAUCUUCGUCACUACCAUUGGCACACUGGAAGCCUCCUUCGGACAUAAAACUAGCUGAUCCCGAGUUCUUUAUUUCUGGGCCGAUUGACUUGGUACUUGGAUCGCAGUUUUACUACGAUUUUCACCUUCUUGAUGGUGGCCGGCUACAAAUUAGAAGGUUCGACAGCACUCUUCCAGUAUUUGUCAAUACGGUUUUCGGAUGGGUUGCCGCAGGCGAGACUGAUUUGAAUGGUGGGGCAUCGAGAAUCAGUUGCAACUUGGCCAUAGCUGAGCCUCUGGACAAAUCCAUCGAAAGAUUUUGGGCCAUCGAGGAGCUAUCGGAGAAACCACCACGAACACAGGAAGAAGAGGAUUGCGAGUUGCACUUUCAGAGUACAUUCACUCGAGAUGAAAAUGGGCGUUACGUGCUACGGUACCCCAAGCACAUGGGCUUUCACGAAAUGAUUGGAGAGUCAAGAGAGGCAGCGUUGCGACGGUUUCAGCAUUUGGAAAGACGGCUGAAGAGAGAUCCCGAUCUAAAACGGCAGUACAGCGAAUUCAUGCAAGAGUACUUGGAUUUGGGACACAUGAAACGCAUUGGCACCGUUGAAGAUUCGCGAGAUGAGGAACGUCUGGUCUGUUACCUUCCCCAUCACUCAGUUUUUAAAGAGUCCAGCUCAACUACCAAGGUGCGAGUAGUUUUCGACGGAUCUACCAAAACUUCUACGAAUCGGUCCCUCAAUGACGCACUUCUUACCGGACCGGUGAUACAAGACGAGCUGCUCGAUAUCAUGCUUCGCUUUCGCAAGCACGCAAUCGCUGUCGUGGCGGAUGUAGAAAAAAUGUACCGGCAGAUACGCAUACAUCCGGAAGAUGCAUCAUGUCAACGGAUUCUCUGGCGUUUUGAACCAUCCGAACCGAUUCAAAUAUUUGAGCUUCUCACCAUAACUUACGGUCUGUCUCCAUCCUCCUUCAUGGCAACACGAGUCCUCAAACAACUGGCAUUGGACGGUGCGAGCGGGCACGAAGCUGCUUCCCUCGCGGUAGCGGAGGAUUUUUACAUGGACGAUUUCCUCUCCGGAGCGGAUUCCGUUGAGAACGCGAGACGAUUGAAACAUGAAGUGCAGAAUUUAAUGGCGAAAGGGGGAUUUCAACUUCGCAAAUGGAGCUCAAAUGCACCGGAGGCGUUAGAAGACUUACCUGCAAAAGCAACCGAUGGCCCCUCCAUGUUUUAUUUCGAAAAAGAACCGAAGGUAAAAACGCUUGGAGUUGCUUGGGAGACGGACGUGGAUCGGUUCUGUAUCGAAGUACGAGACGUUAAGAAUAACGAGCAAUGGACAAAGAGGAAAAUCUUUUCAGCGAUAGCCCAGCUAUAUGAUUCGCUUGGACUCGUUUCUCCCGUAAUAGCUUGGGCGAAAAUCCACAUGCAGCGACUUUGGUUGGCUUCCGUCGAUUGGGAUGAUCCAGUCCCUGAUGAUGUCAGUGCCAGAUGGGAGGAAUUUUACGUUCAGUUGCCGGAGUUACGAUUCUUCAAGGUGUCAAGGUACCUUUUUCAACCAGAAACAGAAAACAUCCAGUUCCAUGUCUUCUGCGACGCAUCGGAAGUUGGAUACGGAGCUUGUAUCUAUGCACGUUCAACCGGCAAGGAUGGUCAUAACAAAGCCACGCUGAUUACAUCAAAAUCUCGCGUGGCACCACUCAAACGGCUCACGCUACCACGCUUAGAGCUGUGUGCUGCACUUUUGGGGGCAAAACUGUACGCCCGGGUCUCAGCAGCGCUGCGGAUGGAGGGAAUUCCUUGCUGGUUUUGGUCGGAUUCUACAGUCACUUUGCAUUGGAUACGAGCACCUCCUAACACCUGGCAAACCUUCGUCGGAAAUCGCACAUCGGAAAUUCAACGACUUACCCACGGCCACAGCUGGAAUCACGUCAAAGGGGUUGACAAUCCUGCGGACUACGUCUCUCGCGGUAUGCUUCCUAAGGUAUUUGUGUCCAAUGCCGUAUGGCCCGAUGCAUUCAUCGCUGCAUUACGUCGCUUUAUCGCCCGUCGUGGCUGCCCCGCAGAACUACAUUCUGAUAACGGAACUAACUUUCAAGGUGCAAAAAACACUUUAGCCGCCCUCUAUCAGAUGCUCAACGAUAAACAUUGCCAUGAGAAAAUAAUCAGCGAAUGCACCAGCAAGCUAAUUCGGUGGAAGUUUAUUCCUCCCAGGGCGCCAAACUUCGGUGGCCUUUGGGAAGCAGCUGUAAAAACUGCCAAAAGCUCACUAAUCAAAACGAUCGGAAACUGCAAGCUGUCAUAUGAGGAUUUUGCCACUCUAUUGACACAAAUAGAGGGAAAUAUGAACUCUCGUCCUCUUACGCCGCUCUCCGAAGACCCCGCGGAACUUGAUGUUCUUACUCCCGGACAUUUUCUUACGGGAUCUUCGCUAUCAUCGUUACCAGAUCCAGAUUACUGCAAUAUCCAAACUAGCCGUCUCAAACACUAUCAACAACUGCAACAGCUGGUGCAGCAACACUGGAUUCGAUGGAAGAAAGAGUAUCUCACGGAGCUCAAUAGCCAGCAGCAAAAAUCUUCAGCACCGGUCGAGAUCCAUGUCGAUCAGCUGGUCUUGGUGCGAGAGGACAACAAACCAUCUCUUAGUUGGCCGCUCGCCAGAAUUAUCGCCAUCCAUUCUGGAGAAGACGGCUGCGCUCGAGUUGUAUCAGUGAAAACAGCAGCUGGGACUUACACUCGGCCAACUUCAAGGAUUUACCUGCUACCAACCAGCACAUCGUUUCAGCAACAAGAACUCCAAUCAGCAGUGAAGGAGAAAGACUCCGAUUGA